AUGGAUUGUAUUUCUACUGUAUCCUUCUCGGUGAAAGUGCGGGGGGCGGCAAUGGGUUUCAUUACUCCUUCUAAGGGAUUAAGACAAGGGGAUCCUCUUUUACCUUAUCUCUUUCUCAUUUGUGCAGAAGGUCUUUCAGCUUUGUUGUCUCAGGCUCAAAGUGCUAAGCAAAUUCGUAGUGUUGUAGUGGCCCAAGGCGCUCCUACGUUGUCUCAUUUAUUUUUUGCGGAUGAUAGUUUAUUAUUCUGCAAUGCCCAUUUAUCUGACUGUUAUAAUUUGAUGCUUCUUCUCAGAGUUUACGAGCGUGCGUCAGGCCAAAAAUUUAAUUUUGCGAAGUCUGCAGCGAGCUUUAGUCGUAAAACAGAUCCAAUCAUGAAGUGUCUUAUUUCAUCCAUGUUGGGAAUACGUAUUGUGGAUUGUCAUACACGCUAUCUAGGGUUACCUACUAUUACUGGACAGAGUAAACAUCGCUUGUUUAAUUAUGUGAGGGAUAUGUUGUGGAACAAGCUUCAUAUGUGGAAUGCUAAACUGUUGUCAACGGCAGAGAAAGAAGUUCUUAUUAAAGCAGUGGCUCAGGUGCUCCCAACAUACACAAUGGGGGUGUUUCAACUGCCAAAAAGUUUAUGUCAGGAAUUAUCAACAAUGGUGGCGAGAUUUUGGUGGGGAAGUCAGGUAAACGGAGCAUACAUUGGAAAAGUUGGCGGAAUUUGUGUCGGCCAAAAUUCUUAG